AUGAGCACCAUCAUCUCUUCCACUACCCUCCCAGCCCACGCCACUGCAUUCAUAUCUGGCCCCGUUCAGCCCCUUGAGGAGGUGCGCGACACGUACGCCUUCCUCCCCGUCCACGGCCACGUCCCCCACCGCGGCUACGCCACCCGUCAAGUCGUCAAUGUGGCUGGGUUAUUCGUCCGUUUCUUCCGAGGCGACGACUUCAACGAGGCCCGCAGGGAGAUGGAGCACUGGCUCGCCAACCUCCUCGGCCAGUGCGGCCAGGUUAUCUCUUGGCAACUGCACCCGCCCCCACGCGUCGUCGACGACCGGCCGAUGAUCUCGGUCGGCUUCUCGACUGUGGAAGGCGCCGAGCGUGCUCUCGGCCUCAGUGGCUUUCGCUACGGCAUCCACACCCUCAAUGUCACGCCACGCUACUACAAGGAUACCUCCAAGGUCAUGCGGGUUAUGGCAGGCGAAGCCCUUCCCCGCUCACGCUACGCCAAAGCGGCUGAGCGUGUCGUUGAAGGAGCGGCAGCACAGUACGACAUGCCGCGUAUUGACACGACGCUCGCCCGGCUCUCUGUCGGCGGACUGCAAGAGCUCACCCCAGACGAUAUCAGCUGGCUCCAGCCCGCCACCGUUGUCCUUCCGCCGCCCCGCCCUCGCCCUCACCCUCGCUCUCGCCCUCUUGCCCCUGCUCGUCACCUCCAGGAGUCGGCCACCCACCCGUUCACCUCCAUUCCAGGUUAUUACGCUCCCCCCCGUCCCAUCGACCACGUCGCAAUCGCGCUGAACCGCCUCGGACGUCAAGUGCAUGAUGUUAAGCGUGAUGGUAACGAGCUCUUCCGCGCCGUCGCGCAUGCCGUGACGGGUGACGAGGGCAGACACCGCGGCUACCGCAUUGGUGCAGCCAACAAGCUCCGUGGACACCACGAGCUGUACGAGGCGAAGGUUAUGGACAACAUCGAGGUGCUCUUCAAGGACCCUUCAUUCGCGACAGACGCCCGUGCCGACGCGCUCGCGGAUCGUCGCUGGUUAACCCUCCUUUACGAUGACUACGUGCUCCACGUCACCAAGGAUGGGGCCGGAGGGAGCGAGGUGCACGUCGCCGCAGCCGCUCACCAUAUCGGUCAGCCAAUCCUCGUCCUCGAGCCCGGUGGACCUAAACUCUUCGAGGUUAAUGGGCGCUCAUCCCCGUUCUUCUUUGAAGACCAACCACCGUCCAUUGUCCUCACACACGAUGGUCACGGCGGUUUUUUCCUCGACCCUUGCCUCGCCUCCCUAGGGAGCCAGGUUAUCCCCCAUUAUCAUUGUCUAGAGUUGCGCACCAGUUAG